UUGUCUAUUCUACCUGUGUCAAACAAUGCCAGAAAUUGAGUCAAGCAGCAAUCAGGGCAGGGUUGGGAAAGGGAUCAUUCAAUCAGGAGGAAACAGUAAUGUGAUCCUUCCUGCAACGGUACCUCAGGUACAGGCUGAAAUCGAAGAUGCUGAUAAGUGGAUAAUCUCGGUGAUGGAAGACGGUGGCCGUAAGAGCGGAGCCAUUCGAUCCAAACAAAAAAAGUUACAGAAGGUUGUACAAGAACUAAGAAAUAACAAGGAGCUCGAAGGAUGUUUUGAUCCAAGAGUUGUUUCGAUUGGCCCCUAUCACCGAGGCAAGCCUGAGCUCGAAGAUGCGGAGGAGUUGAGGACUACGUUAGCAUUCAACUUCAUUCCAAAAGAGUUCUAUAACAAAUUCUUAGAGUUGGUUGGGGCUACUACCUUGAUGGCUCAACACAUGACUAUGAUGAUGACGCAUUUGCCCAUAUGA